AUGUCGAAACCCACUUCUAAUCGAUCAUCCGUGUCAUCCUCCCCUACCCGAACUAGUCCGGCCGAGGAAACCACCACUCUCUUGCCACCUACCUCUCAACACCCUCAACACCCUCAUGCGCACCCCCAUACAUCCGCUAACCCACAUGCAAGGAAGACAUCAAUCAGCGCAAGAAGCGUCAGUGGCAGGAGCGUAGCGGGGAGUGUGAGAAACUAUGGAGCUGUCGCUGGACGACCAGGUCCUGUUGAACAGGCUCCGAGAGUCAGCAAACUUGGUCAGAGGAGAAUCCUCACGACAUUCCCGUUACAAGCGACAUUCUUCAUCCUUACUUUGCUCACUUUUGCAAGUUUCGUCUUAUCCCUUAUAUUAUUAUUAAACACAGUACUAGAUUUUAGUGUCAAAUUCUUACCUUAUAGAGGAUCUGGUUUUGCCGAAUUCUGGAUUUCCCUCAUCGGUUCAUGGAUAGGCUUAGGAGGUGUCCUCUUCUUCUCCCACCCAUCUUACUUAUUCUUCCUUACGACACUUAUCACCCUCAUUCUUCAUAUACCCAUCUUAUUCCUCGCAUUGCUCUCACCAAGUCUCAAGAGAUCCCAUGCGCCCCUUAUCCUGGUCCCGCUCGUACUUACAGGAUCGACCUUGAUAUUCACGUUACUAUCGAAUUUCCUAGUCAGACGAGCGAAAAAGCAGGAGUCAUUGAGGAUAAGUCGGAUGUUAACCGAAGCUGCGGGCCGAGAACGAGCAAGUGAAGAAGGCACUGCGAGAGCUUUGGUAGGUGUACAGAGAAAAGGAUUCUGGGGUAGGAUAUUGGGCUUCUUCGGGGGUGUGUUUGGGUUGAUAGCUGGUUUGGCUGGAUUGAUAUUGGUAUCGUUAUUGCUCAUCGACUUAUCCAUCUCGGCAUAUGACGGUUCACUACCCCUACCGUCCUCUUCAUCACAAUUGGUGAAAGUACAACCUUCAUCCUCACAAUGGUCAAUCAACAUCCAUCUAGCAUGCACAUCAUCGAAUUCUUCUUUACCUACCAUCGUAUACACGUCGUCAUCCGGUGUACCAGGUUCCUUGGCACUGUUGCCAUCGCCCUUGCCGCCCGCUAAUGAAGGUUCUGAAAAUCCCGGGAGAUGGCUAUUCGACCUGCAAGAACAAGGUAAAGUAGGAAGGGUAUGUACGUGGGACCGACCAGGAUACGGUUUCUCAGACGUACUUUCCAAUGCGGAUUUGGGAGGGAUCGCAGAUUCCUUAUGGGAAGCUUUGAGCAAUGCCGGUGUGAUUAGGGAAAGUAAGAAGGAGGGAUUGAUCAUGGUCGGUGAAGGAUAUGGAGGCCUCGUGUCGAGAGUCUUCGCUUCACGCCAUCCUUCAUCUAUCCAUUCAUUCCUCCACCUAGACGCUCAAACGGCAUCUACCUAUUUCCACGAACCAUCCACUACCCAGUUCCUAUCCCGUCUAUCCUCUCGAUUGUUCCCAUCUCUCCUUACGCCCCUUUCGCUUAACAGACUUCCUUCGGUAUUGUUGAGAAGGUCGACAUCGUUGUCUAGGAUAUUAGCUUCUUCUCAUCCUUCGCCUUCUACAGCGAGACUUAAUGAGAAACUGAGAAAAUCUAGAUUACAAGAGACAAUCGGAUCUCAAUCGAGGACUUCAGCAAGUUUUAGAGUAUUGCUGGAAUCGGGAUACAAAUAUCCUUCGUCAAAACCUGCUAUCGUACUUAGUAGUGAGAAGAGGAUGAAAGAUGAUGAAAAUUGGGCAGAAGGUCAAAGAGUUUUGGCGGAAGAGGUCACUUCGGAUGAUGGAUUGGUAGAUUGGAUUAAACUUGAUAAGGUUGAUCAUUUCGUUUGUGAGAAUGAUGGAAGGCAGAUCUGUGAGGAUUCGAUAGUAAAGUUAUUGAAGCAGUAA